AUGUAUGAAAGAGACGAUCUUGGCCAGUUUCUCCUGGUUCAGUUUCUCCUGGCCAAACUUCAGGCACAAGUGCGCAUUGGUGGAAAAGGAACUGCUUACAGAAAGAAGAAGGUGGUUCACAGAACAGCCACAGCAGAUGAUAAAAAACUGCAGUUCUCCUUAAAGAAGUUAGGAGUGAAUGAUAUCUCUGGUAUUGAAGAGGUGACCAUGUUUACAAACCAAGGAACAGUGGUCCACUUUAACAACCCUAAAGUGCAGGCGUCUCUGGCAGCAAACACCUUCACCAUUACAGGCCACGCUGAGACAAAGCAGCUGACAGAAAUGCUUCCCAGCAUCCUAAACCAGCUCGGAGCGGACAGUCUGACUAGUUUAAGGAGACUGGCUGAAGCUCUGCCCAAACAAUCUGUGGAUGGAAAAGCACCACUUGCUACUGGAGAGGAUGAUGAUGAUGAUGAAGUCCCAGAUCUGGUGGAGAAUUUUGAUGAGGCGUCUAAGAACGAGGCAAACUAAACUGAGGCGACUUCUGAAGAAGGUGACUCCUGCAGAAGUUAUGGAGCUGCUAUUUUAUAUCAUGGCUG